UCGCAACCGUCUAAGCAGUAGCAGACUAAAUUUGUUAGUCCCCGGACAAAUCGCUUUGUGGGGAGAAUCGAAGGCAGGCGGGGCCUGAGCCCACGCUUGCUGAGGCAGAUCGGAAGUUACUGAAGUUACAACAAGAUGUAUAAGUUAGACCUCGCACCAGAUCCCAAGGAGAUAGCAGCCAUUGAGGCUAGAAGAAACCGAGAAAAGGAGCGACAAUGCCGAUUCUUCAAUGUGCAGAACCGAGUCAUGGGGGUGGAUGUGAAAGCCCUGAACUACCAGGUGGAGGAACGAAAGACUCGCGAGGCAGUAGAGCGAAGCAAUAAUAUGGCUUAUGAUACCAAGCAUGCACACUAUGAUCUGGUAGCACAGAUGCUUGAGAAGGAAGAGGCAGAACGGGCAUGUCGGUUAUCCAAGAGAGUGCAGGAUUUUCGGGAGCAAAGACAGCAGCAACUCAAGAAUGGACAUGAAUUUGACUUCUGGGAUCCCAACCAACUCUAUGAGUCUCCAGCCUCUUACUAUGACAGUGAACAACACUUUGGCCCAGCCAGCAUGCAGUACUUCCUUGGAGAGGACGUGGAGAGGGAGUCACGCCUGAGAAUGCAGCAGGAGCAGUUCAGAUACAACCUGGAGAAACAGCUGCAGGAGCAACAGGCAGCCAGAGAAGAGGAGGCGCGUGCAGCUUUGCUUAGUGACCAGCUGCGCCUAGCCGUGGACACAAGAGCUGCUGAACUGGCCAGGCUGGAGGAGUCCUGCAAAGCAGCCAUGAGGACUGCUAUGGCCAAUGCCAACAAAGCCCAGGCAGCUAAGCAGGCCCUGCAGCAGCGCCGUGAACGGCAGCAGCAACAGGAGGCCAACCUCAUGGAGAUCAAGAAACAAAUCACCAGUGAUCUGCUGACUGAGAAUCCUCAGGUUGCCCAGCGCCCCCAGGCUCCUCACAGGGUCCUGCCCUAUUGCUGGAAGGGCAUGUCUCCAGAGCAGCGAGCAGCCAUCAGGAAAACCCAAGAAAUGCAACGACAAGAGAAAAAGGAACAGCGCCAAGCAGAAAAGUCCCUGGAAGCUGAGUGGGGACGCCAAACCAUCAACUUGGCUGAAGCAGCACUGGAGCUAGAGGAACAGGAGAAGGAACUGUGUGCAGAAUUCCGGAGGGGGCUGGGCUCCUUCAACCAGGAGUUAGCUAGGGAGCAACAAACCCAGCAAAAUUAUCUGAAUUCGAUCAUCUACACCAACCAACCUACUGCCCAGUAUUACCUGCAGUUCAACACCAGCAGCCGCUGAACACAGGAUGGUGACCUCCUUUCUCACCUAUCAAUCUCACAGGUGGCUAGGAGUCAAAAAGAAAAUGCUACAUACCCCCAUCUCUACUCAGUAGGAGGGAACUGAGCCCAAACCUCCACUUUCUACCUACCCUAAGUAAUAAAGUUACUCCAUACAGUGAA